GACAGACCCGACGUCGGCGUGGUCGGGGAGUCAGAAAAAUCGCAAUUGUUAAAUGAUUAAUUAUCUAUCCUAACCUUUCCUUGCUUUCGCUAGCUGGCUGAUUGUGUACGAUUGAAUCAUAAUAAUAAUGGAGGCCUUUACGCAGAUAAAGAGAGUUGCGAUCAUUGGCGCGGGCUCCGCAGGCCUAGCAACGGCAAAGUACUUACUCGCGGAGAAAGUGUUCAGCAAGAUAGUAUUGUUUGAGCAGAGGCAAGAAGUCGGCGGGGUUUGGAAUUAUUCGGGUAGCCCCUCGAGACCAUGGCAAUUCGAUUUCACAAUUCCCCGUGUGCGUCCAUCGCAAACGGUAGAGAAGCCAGUCGUCCAGGAGGAUGCCAAUAAUGGCACGAAGAAAGCGAUAUUCCCAUCUCCGUUGUACGACUACUUGGAGACCAAUAUCCCGUACAGCUUGAUGAACUUCACCGACCAUCGUUUUCCCGCCGACUCUGCACUCUUCCCUAAAUUCGAAGUCGUCAAGCGCUACCUUGAUGGGUAUGCGGAGGACGUCAAGCACCUUGUUAGACUUGGUACACAGGUUUUGCAGGUCUCCCCAGAGUCUGAAGCUGGCAGACCAAUCUGGAAGGUCAUAAGUGAAGACGUGAUCUCUCAGAAGCGAACUGAAGAGCAAUUCGAUGCUGUCGUCUGCGCCAAUGGACAUUAUUCCGAUCCUUUCAUCCCAGACAUUGAAGGCCUCAAGGAGUUCCAGCAGAAGUAUCCCGAUGUAAUCUCACACUCAAAAUACUAUCGAAAGCCUGAAGUCUAUGCAGACAAAAAAGUACUCAUAAUCGGCAACUCAGCCUCCGGCCUCGACAUCUCCACCCAGAUCAGCAAAGUAACCCCCCACGUCAUCGUCUCCGAAAAAGAGAAGCCCAACGUCGUCCACAACCCCUCCACCUCAAUCCACUACCGCCCCGAGAUAACCUCCUUCCUCCCGGACCGCCAAAGCGUCCGCUUCGCGGACGGCCACGUUGAAUCCGACAUCGACAGCGUGAUCUUCUGCACUGGGUACCAGUACUCCUUCCCGUUCCUCCAGAACCUCGUUCUCCCCGUCGUCACGACAGGGCAGAGGACGAACCAUGUUUGGGAGCAGGUGGUGUAUUGGCCUCGGCCUACGCUGACGUUCCUGACGUUGCCACAGCGCAUUGUGCCGUUCCCUGUGGCGGAGGCCCAGGCGGCGUAUAUCUCGCGGGUCUACUCUGGACGUGUUUCCCUGCCGUCGACGGAGGAGAUGAAGGCGUGGGAGGAGGCGAGGGUGCAGGAGAAGGGGGAUGGGAAGGGUUUUCAUGAUAUGAUGUUCCCGGCUGAUGCAGAGUAUAUCAAUCGAUUGCAUAAUUUGAGUAUGAGCGCAGCCAAGAUAGACGAGAGAAGGUUGGAGAAUGACGGGGCGGGGAAGAUACCGCCUUAUUGGGGUGAGGAGAAGCAGUGGGUCAGGCAGAGGAUACAGAAGAUCAAGCAGGUGGCGCUGUCGCUGGGUGACAAAAGGCUUGGGAUCAAAUCAUUGCAGGAUUUGGGAUUCGAUUAUGCAGCGUGGAAGACGGAGGAGAAGUCACUUGGUUUGGAGAAGACUCAGUCGAAGGAGGCGGUUUGCACAGCAUAAUCUGUGCUCGACCGGUUUGAUAAAUGUAUACCCAUCACUAUCACGCAUAGUUACAUAUCAGACUACAGACAGCUUUGAUCGUUAAACAUGGAGACUGAGAUUCUUCCGAAAUAAAAUGUGUAUCGACCAGAUGCG